AUGAAUGUGGACUACUUUUUCAAAGCAACUCAUCCGAGCACUAUUCUCGAUCUGGAGCCCCUUGAGCUUAAGGACGAAAGGUUAUCCGCAUGGCACGACACUUUUGUGGACGUACCAACCCCUUUGAAAUACAAGUACGAUCGCAAUGUCAAUUUUUCCGGCGCGGAAUUUAGCAGCAUAGAGGAAUGUACCGCAGCUCUAGCCAAUGGCCCCGAAGAGAUACGAAAACCAGCACGCAAGAUUGUGGACGAGAGAAAAAUUAAGCCCCUGAUUGAACUACUCAUGCCUUGGGUUCCUCAGCUUUUUUCUAGUUCGUUCACGGAGAAUGACUUGAUUGACCCAAAGACGUUGAGAAUAAUGUGUAAUGCGGUGGCCGCAGUUGCAAAUAACUUGGAGAUGCCUGAGAUUGAAGCCGAAUGUGUGGGCCCUCAAAAGAUCUACAAGUCUCUCACGCGCCUGAUGAUGGAUCUAGGAGAGGCCAUCGUAAGAUGUGAGGGUGUGGAAACUUAUCUCGCCACCAGUUUGUUCUUGUUUUUGGCAGCGGAAGAGAUCUAUUCCCAUUUAAAGGAGUCAGAUCAACUCGCUCUCCGAUCUAUUGUAGUGACAUUCCUCAGGAACUAUGUUGCUUCACUCUUGCUGGUUGAGUCAAUCGAUUCUCAAACACACAAUCCCAAAUUGGCGAAAUUGGCAAAGGUGAUUGCAUAA